CACAGCUGAGAGCUCCGCGCGACGUUGUUGACGUUUUGUGUUUCCUCGCUUUUUGUGCGUUUUGAGCGCAUCACGCAGACUUCGGCCGCGGAUCCAGGAGCUCUGCCUCUCCCCGCCAGCACGUCACGCCUCAGUGCGGGAACCAGCAAAGAUGAAAUGGAUGUUUAAAGAGGACCAUUCCCUGGAGCACCGAUGUGUGGAGUCGGCCAAAAUACGCAACAAAUACCCCGACAGAGUACCGGUGAUCGUGGAGAAGGUCUCCGGCUCUCAGAUCGUGGACAUCGAUAAGAGGAAGUACCUGGUGCCCUCGGACAUCACAGUGGCUCAAUUCAUGUGGAUCAUCAGGAAACGCAUCCAGCUGCCUUCAGAGAAAGCCAUCUUCCUCUUCGUGGACAAAACCGUCCCCCAGUCCAGUCUGACGAUGGGCCAGCUGUACGACAAGGAGAAGGAUGAGGACGGCUUCCUGUACGUGGCCUACAGCGGAGAAAACACCUUCGGCUUCAAGACCUUCUAUACGACAAAGGGUUAACACAGCUAGACCACACCGGCUACACACACACACACACACACACACACACACACAAACACACACGAAUACAUACACACACACACACAGCCUUUUACACGUUUAACACUAGUGAUGCAUCCACACAUUUGUUGUUUCCGGUCGACUUU